AUGUGGAAAAACGAAACGCGAAUAAGAAGGAAGAUAUUUCAACAUUACGCUAAGGAAAAGAAAAAAGAAAAUGAUUUUCCAAUAAGCAUCGACACUCUUAAUUUUACUGAAAAUCAAACCAACAAACUUAAGGAUCCUCUCCUGGUAAAAUACUCUAUUAAUAGUAAUGAAACAUCUGAUGCUAUUAUUUCAAGUCAAUAUCCUAAUAGCGAAGAGAUGAACAAUUUACUACUUUAUUCGGAACCAUACAAUCAUACAAGUCCCGUGGUGACUCCGAACAAUCAAGAAUCUAAACCGAUUAUUCCGAACGAUAAAAUACCAUACAUUAUAACACAGCCCAUAGCCUUUAAUAACACACACCAAUAUCCGAACCAGCUUCCUGUAUCUAUCGAACAAGCUCAAGUCCAACUUCCUAUACAUUUCGUGCAGAAUUUUUCCCAAUCCCACAUCCAAUUCUACAUGCAACCUUCAUAUCAAUUUCCUGAAACUCACGAGCAAUAUCUGAAUGAUUCAAUUUAUUUCCCAUUAGAUUACCAAUCAUAA